AUGGAGCCUGGGGGUGCAGAGCCUGGGGGUGCGGAGCCUGGGGGUGCUGGGCCUGGGGGUGCUGAGCCUGGGGGUGCGGAGCUUGAGGGUGUGGAGCCUGGAGGUGCUGAGCCUGCGUGUGAGGGGUCUGGGGGUGCUGAGCUUGGCAAUACUGAGUCUGGGGGUUCUGCGCCUGGGGGUGCUGAGGCAUCUCGUGAGCAGUCUCCCUGGAGCGGCCGUCUCCGUAGUCGCUCCGCUGGUGCCUCGCCGCUGCCCUCUUGUCGUCGACUCUCCCUCUCCUCCCUGCAGUGGGUUGUGUGGUACCUUGGCCGUCAGGGCCGCGCUGCUGGAGCUGGUGACUCUGCUCCUGGAGCUGUUUUUCCUGGAGGCUCUGCUGCUGCUGAGGGUGCGGGCGCUGGAGGUUCUGGAGCUGCUGGAGGUCCUGGUGCUGGUGGCGCUGGAGCUGGAGGUUCUGGAGCUGCUGAGGGUGCUGGCACUGGAGGUUCUGGAGCUGCUGGAGGUGCUGGCGCUGAGGGUGCUGGCACUGGAGGUUCUGGAGCUGUUCGAGGUACUGACGCUGGUGAGCGGUCUCCUUGGAGUGGCCGCCUUCGUCCACGUGUGCCUCUCACCUCACAGCAGCUGCACGACUGGUACGGUCGCCGUCAGGGUCGCGCUUCUGGAGCUGGGGGCUCUGCUGAUGGAGGUGCUUCUGCUGACGUCACUGGAGCUGGGAGUGGUGCUGGUCUCGGAGGUGCUCGUACUGGGGGUACUGGUGCUACUGGGGCUGGAGGUGCUGAGCCUGCGGGUGCUGCUGCUGGGGACACUGCGGCUGGAGACCCUGGGACUGGGGGUGCCGGUUCUGGGGGUGCUGCUGCUGGUGGAGCUGGCCCUGGAGGAGCUGGCGCUGAGGGUUCUGGUGCUGCUGGAGGUGCUGGAGCUACUAGAGGUGCUGGAGCUGCUGGUGCUGGUAGCACUGCAUUGACACGACUGUUCUUCGCUCCGCCGUCUCCGUCGUCUCUGCCGCCGCCUGACUCUGCUCUUCGUCAGGUUGUUACUCUCCCGUCGUCUACUGGUCUUCCGUUACAGCCUGGCUCACCGCUGCCUGCUCCCUCUCCUUACACUGAGCAGACAGGUAGUCUUGCUGAGCGUCGUGAGCCUGCAUCGCGUCCUGUCUCGCCUGUUCGUCCUUGUCGUACCGUUCGUCGUGUUCCUCGUCAGCGUCAGCCGGCUGUCCCCGGCACACGCCUUGUAGCCCUGCGUCGGUCCUCUCCUCCGGAGCGUACUCCUCUUCCGUCUCCCCCUGCGUCCUCUUUGCCUGACGUCGCGGACCCUGAGUCUGACCAGUAUCGUGCUGAGCACCCUACUGUCACGCGUCUGCUAGCCACCGUUGUCACUGACCCGUCGUUUGAGUCUGCUGCUGCGUCUGCCCUAGUCGCUGAGCUUGUUGACUUUGCUGCUGCCUGUCGUCUAGACUUCGCUGCCAGUCUUGUUCCUGAGUCUGAGUCUGUCUGUCCUCCGUCCGUCGGGGAUGAGUGUGCUCUUAGCACGGACGUCCUUGAGGACAGGCACGAGGACCUUGAGUGUCUUGCGGCUGCUGCGCCUCAUCUCGUGGCCAUGCUGCUUGCCCCUGAGGGAGACCCGGAUGCACCAGACAUCCCGACCCCGCGCUCUUACGCUAAGGCGAUCGCGGGUGAGUACUCCUCUUAG